AUGACUGUCCUUGCUGGAGCAUUGACUCGAAGGUCAAUAAGUGGACGCUGGUCAAAACUACCUGUUUCAUGGCGUCGGAGCCUCUCCGGGCGAGACAAGCUCUUCCGCGUGUCGGAAGAAGUUCAAGAUGCUCUCGCAACCGGCAAGCCCGUCGUUGCUUUAGAGACAACUAUCUAUACGCAUGGCUUUCCAUAUCCGGACAAUGUCGCCCUGGCUUCCCACCUCGAAUCACUGGUCCGCGUCAAUGGCGGAGUGCCCGCAACCAUUGGCAUUCUGAACGGUAGGGCGAUUGUUGGCAUGGACCCGGAAGAAAUAAUACAACUCGUGUCUACGGCUGGAAGUGAGAACACCUGGAAGGUAUCGAGGCGCGAUCUGGGCUUCAUUGGUGGUAUGGGUUUGAGAGGCCAGAAAGUACACGGCGGCACCACGGUUGCUGGGACAAUGAUCCUCGCCCAUCUGGCGGGCAUCAAGAUAUUUGCCACUGGCGGUCUCGGAGGCGUUCACCGAGGAGGACAAAACUCUCUGGAUAUUUCUGCAGAUUUGACCGAGCUAGGCCGGACGCCCGUGGCUGUUAUCAGCUCCGGAUGCAAGAGCUUCCUCGACAUUCCUCGUACACUGGAAUAUCUGGAAACUCAGGGAGUCGGCGUGGGGACCUUUGCGGAUGGCAGGACUGGCCAUGUCGAUUUUCCUGCUUUCUUCUCCCGAGACAGUGGCGUCCGAAGCCCUAAAGUCAUUCUGGACGAAGCGGAUGCCGCAGCCGUCAUCUAUGCGCAGUCGCAUUUUCCAAUCCAUUCGGGGCUAGUCCUUGCAAACCCCGUUCCAGAGCACUCUGCCAUUCCAAAGGAUGAGAUGGACACAAUCAUCGUCCAAGCCUUGGCAGAGGCCGACGAGAAGGGCAUUGGCGGAAGCGCAAAUACUCCCUACAUCUUGAAGCGCAUUCGUGAGUUGAGCAAUGGAGCAAGCGUCAAAGCAAAUACGGCUCUGAUCGAGGGCAAUGUUAUACGCGGCACCAAGGUCGCGGUGGAAUUGGAAAAGCUCGAGCGACGGGAUGGAGCAGUUCCGAAGCGAGGAGACAGUAAUACCACAACUAUCGCGAAACCCGUCAUCCCCAAAGACAUUGACGAAAGCAUUCCGGACAUUAAGCCGGCAUCUCAUCCAGUAGAGAUAUUGGUGGCUGGCUCGCUGGCAAGUGACACGAUAUGCGACUAUCAGCCUUUUGAGGACGCCUCUUCUCCUAUCUCGCCAGCCUGGCACACUUCGAAUCCCUCCAGUGUCUCUCAGGCUGCCGGUGGCGUUGGGAGGAAUGUGGCAGUGGCUGCGCACCUUGCCGGUGCGAACGUGGCCCUAGCGAGUGUAGUAGCAGAUGAUCUUGCUGGGUCGUCGCUACUCGAUCACGUCCAAAAGACUGGCCUCUCUACUACCAGCAUCCUCCGUCUCCCUGUAGACAGUGGCGCCCGGACUGCACAAUACAUUGCGGUCAAUGACAGGAACAAAGAUUUAGUCGUCGCCAUGGCGGAUAUGUCAAUCCUCUCCCGUCCGGAGCUGGAAGACCCGGCAUAUUGGACGGAGAAAAUGGAGCAAAGCCGGCCCAAAUGGGUCGUGGUAGAUGCCAAUUGGUCUCCAGCUAUUUUGUCGUUGAUACUUAGUGCUGCAAGAGCACAACAGGCUCGAAUAGCCUUCGAGCCUGUGUCAACAGCCAAAGCUACGGGUCUCUUCGACAAAUCCGUCUUGGCCAUCUCAAGCACAAUGGUUGUGCCAGAUCACGUUGUCAAUCUUGCUUCUCCCAACAGCCUGGAACUGACUGCGAUCUACAACGCUGCAAGGAACGCAAUGAUGCUCGAAUCAGAGCAAUGGUGGACGGUCAUUGACAGUCUAGGUCUUUCUGGUGCAAGCUCACGCGAUCGCCUGGCAUCGGUGGCAGGCCACGACCUUAUUGAGGAGGGUAUCCCUCAAAAAUGCAUACAGCUUCUGCCAUUUAUUCCGAACCUGGUCACCAAGCUUGGCUACAAAGGCUGUCUGGUGGUGAGCUUGCUCAGGCGGACCGAUGCGAAACUGACCAGCCCGGAGCACGCCCCGUACAUUAUUUCGCGGAAUUUAUCCCACAACUCGGAGGUCGGAGGCGUCUACAUGCGCCGGAUGCCCCCGUCUGUCGAAGUUGAUCAAGCAGAGAUCGUGUCGGUCAAUGGAAUCGGUGACACCAUGUUGGGCGUCAUCGUGGCCGGCCUCGUAAAGGGGCGUGCGCUUGAGGACGUGGUGUCGGUUGCUCAAGAUGCGGCCGUGCUCACUCUGAAAUCUGCAGAAGCUGUAUCACCUGAAGUGCGAAGCAUCCAGACGAGAUUGUGCCUGGACAAAUGA